AUGAAAGGGGCAGGGAUAUAAAUAAUAGCUUACUCAGCAAAUUAGGAGUCGGGAAGACAUCCUUCGACGGAUUGUUUAAGUUCAAACUUUGAGGUAGGUUAGGCAGGAGUGGUGUUGAAAAGAGCUAUAAUUAUUCGGGAUUUUAAAAUCCUUUAUUCAAUUGAUGUUGCUGUAAGCUAAAAUAAUGAUAAGCACAUCAAAAAUAUAUAGGGAUAUCAGUAAAAUAUAGCAUGUAUAUAAAUAGGAUUGAUGUCAUACUUGAUAAGCAUUUGGUAGAAUUCCAAAUCUUAAGCACUGCUUACUAGUGGGAAUAGAGAAUUAUUAUUCAUUCCUUAACUCAUUUUUUUUAUUGUUUAAAUUAAACAGAACCUGAAUUUAUAUAAUUACAUCUUUUGA